AGCUUUCCUUCCUAAGCUUGUCGUUGUAGGAGGGAGUUGCUGCAGAGUAAUUUCCCGGACUGGUAGAGCACGGCAGUAGUGCAGACGUGUUCUUCUGAAUGCAGUCGUAGGUUUUCCAGUAACGCACGUAGAAAGACCUGUCUUUGUAGUCAACAUCUGUGAACAUGGGAAUCCGCAAGAAAACUAACAAAAGUCCUCCGGUCUUUAGCCACGAGUUUAUCAUCCAGAACCAUGCAGAUAUUGUUUCCUGUGUUGCUAUGGUGUUUCUUCUUGGGCUGAUGUUUGAGGUUACAGCGAAGGUUGCUGUGUUUUUCGUCACUGUCCAGUAUAAUGUCACCAUCACAACCAACGAGGGACCAGAUGAAACAUCCAUCAAUUUUUUCCGUCAUGGGUUGAAAGACUUGGCCACGGUUUUCUUUUACAUGCUUGUAGCAAUUAUCAUGCAUGCCAUCAUCCAGGAAUAUGUGCUAGAUAAAAUUAACAGGCGGAUGCAUUUUUCCAAAACUAAACACAGCAAGUUUAAUGAGUCUGGACAACUCAGUGCCUUCUACUUGUGUUCUUGUGUCUGGGGAACAAGCAUACUUGUCCAAGAACAUUUUCUGUCAAAUCCUGCAAGUUUAUGGGAAGGCUAUCCUCAUACCUUGAUGUUAUUCCAGAUGAAGUUUUUCUAUAUCUGUCAGAUGGGAUAUUGGUUACAUGCUUUACCAGAGCUCUAUUUCCAGAAAACCAAAAAAGAAGAUAUUCUACGGCAGCUUGUUUACAUUAGCCUCUACCUUGUCCAGAUUGGAGGAGCUUAUCUUUUAAACCUGACCCGCCUGGGAUUGGUCUUAUUGGUGCUACAUUACUUUGUAGAGCUUGUUUUCCAUGUUUCUCGUCUCAUCUACUUCAGCAAUGAGAACAAUCAGGCAGGUUUCACUGUUUGGGCAAUCCUGUUUGUCCUUGGCCGGCUGCUCACACUGUCUCUGUCUGUCCUUACUGUUGGUUUUGGCCUUGCUGGAUCUGAACAGGGCCUGGAUCUCGCUUCUGGAAAUUUCAGCGUGCUGAUUGUGAGGAUUACUGUGCUGGCGGUUAUCUGUGUCACACAGGCCUUCAUGAUGUGGAAAUUCAUCAACUUCCAGUUGCGAAGGUGGAGAGAGCAUGCUCAGGCACAGUCCAUGAAAAAGAAACCGGUCCCAACAAAAAGCAAGUCGUCCAAAAAAGAAAAUAAAGCAAAUGGUGUGAAUGGAGCAGUGACUUCCAAUGCAGCAGACUCCCCACGAGCAAGAAAAGAGAAAUCAUCGUAACUUGCUGGCAACAUAUUCUUUCCCUACUAUUUUCCAUUCCAAUUGUAUCCAUUCUAUAGAGGAAAAACGAAGUCGAAACUUUGGACAACCUGUUCUGAAUUUUACAAUCCUUAACUCCAUAUUAAACUGAAAGCAGAGAACAAAAGUUAGGUUUGAAACUGAUGUUCAUAUGUGCUGUAUGAAAGUCCUGACUCGUCAAAAGAAAAUGCUUAACAUCAAAGCUUUUGUGCCAUGCAAAAGCUGUUAUUUGGAUAUUUAAAAUUUCGUAUGUGCCAAAUCCAUAAGUGGUUGCUGGGGAACAUAGGUGUUAGUUAUGUAGAAAUUCUAGACCAAACCUAUUCUGUCUUUAAAAAAAAAAAAAAAAAAAAAAAAGUUUAUCAAUGUAUUCAUAAGUAUGAAAAAUAACCUGUUUUUUCUGCAGCUAGAAUGUGUUUUUUGGCCUUUUACUAAACAUUUUCCCUGGGGAGGUUCAUUAAUUAAUUUAACAUCUAAUGCUUCACCUCGUAUUCAUUGUAUCAUGAAGACCUUGAUAAAGACUACUUGUUAAAGAUCUUGCUGGGGACUAGCAAAUUAACAAUGUUCUGUUACUUCACUAGUAGUCAAUGACAGUUGGGUAUACUUUCUUAGGAAAUCAACAUACAUGUUGGACUUAAUGUUUAUCGGUGUACUGUAACUGCAAAAACAGGUUAUAUACUUCUGUAAAAUGUUGAGGAAGGGGUAAAAAGUCAGGUAUCCAAAAUCCUUGAAAUCAUUGUGUUAUUAAAAUGCCCAGUAAUUCUUGUCUUUCUUUUAAGAGGGGGGGGGGAGAAACAAUGCAUCUUUCACAAUUUUUUUUUCAAUGAUCAAUCCUGCAACAUAUGAUUUAUCCUUGCUUUAACAUUAUUGUAUCAAACUAUUGCUUUAACAAGAUAUAUUUUUGAAUAAAAGAUAUUUUUAUAUUUAUACAAUUUUUGGAGACCACUAUCUUUUUAAAGCUAUAUGCUUAAUGGUGUUGGGGAAAGUUAAUCUAAACCGUUAAAUGUUAAUCAUGAGGGUUUUGCCAUGUUUCAUUAAGUUUUCUGUUGCCAAAUUCUCAUUACGCUUGUUGAACUGCAGUGCAUUGGCCUAAUUAACAUAUUGUAAAACCUGUAACCUUAACUUUCCAAGUUGUUUUGUAUCCUGUUCUGUAUGUCUUGUCUUUUUUUAAAGAUGUUAAGGAAGAGCUUCAGUAAUGGUAUUCUGCCUGCGAGUGCAUUGGUGAUUGUGAGGAAAAACCAUGAGCAACAGAACUAUCUGGAUAUAGUUGUAUUCUGUUCUGAAAUGGGUGGCGUGGAAGGAGAAUGCAAUACAUGUUAAAAAUAUAGAUAAAAGGAAACUAAAGAAUCAAACUCUUCAAUGAGCUGUUCAUUAAACUCCACGUGUGCACAUACCUUUUGUUUUUAUGCUUUUAGUUUGUGCCUCGUGUGUUAUAAUGUUCGAACAUCUAUCUGUGUAAGACGCAAUAAAAUAAAAUUUAAAAAAGGA